GGGCGAUACUAUUAGGAUUCAGGACCACGUCCUCCAUUUUUACCUGUGGUAUUGUGAAAGGCGGCCUGUUGGGCCCUCAAUUUCCAUGUCCAAUGGAUACAACCGACUGCUCUGCGGCUCGGUUGGCUCCAGCUUGGUCUCCCCAACCCUGACUUUCCGCACGACUUGUUGCCAAAUCGAGGUCUCCAUCAGCCAUAUCGUACGCUUGGAGAGGUAUCGAAUAGCAGACUCGAAAUGUUGUUGCGUUUCAGAGGCUGAAAAUGUGCCUGGGGCCCCCUCACUGCGCAAUGCACCUGAGGGUUCCUUGAGAACCGCGCAGAGCGCACCCAGCCGCUGGUUCCCAGGAUCAUAUCGAGCCUCAGAUCGUGGCCUACGGCGCAACUUGAGUAUUGGAAAGCACCCUUUCCACACCCACUCAGGGUCGUCGUUCAAGAACUCUACCAGAGAAUGUGGGCCUAUUCCAACUCUUCCCAAAAAGCCUCCGCCACUGUCACAGCCAGCCACUCCUCUCCUGACGCACCCCAUCCUUCCAAAGCGAACAAACUUGCCAUACCCUCCUUAUGUCAGCGUUGGCCCACUCUCUGCGGACGGAACACGAACUGCAAAGGGUGCGGGUCCGGAUAUAUCACUGCCCAACAGCCCAGUCCAAGAACGAGAGCUUGAGAAAGAGCGUCAGAGGCGAGAGGCGGCAAGACAGCUAGAACUCGCACGGCAGAAGGAAGAGAAGAGUCGAAGAGAGCAGGAGCUGCUGGAUGCCAGGGCAGAGGAACGAAAGGUGCAGAAACAAGCAGCCGAAAGAGCAAGAGAGGAAGUCAUUGUACGCAAACGAGAGGAGUGGAUGCUCAGGUUUCGCAGGGUUCAAGACAUUGCCAAGCACACUGAGGUGUUUCCGUUGGGUAACAAGGCCAGCAUCGAUCGUUACCUGCAACGGUAUCGAUUACUCGAAAGAGCAAAGCACCUAGAGUCCCAACUUACCGAGUGGUACAGUGACGGAGGUCUUAACGAGCAGACAAGAGGCAUUGGCAACUCGAUUUAUUUCGACACGAGGGAUGCACUCAGUGAUGAAAAUCUCGCGCCGAUCCUGAAAGAGCUGAACGACACUGAUCGUUACUGGGCCUACUUGCGCAAUCCAGAUAUUGUCAAAGAUGAGAAGCCUGGGACGUCCUUGCCGACGCGGAUCAGGCUCCGGUUGUACGGGAUCUUGUGGCUGCGCUACCACAUAAUUGACACUGCCUAUGUGAUUUCAAUGACAUUGCACGAUCUUCGACAAAUACGAAGGCUAAAGGCUCAAGUUCUGUGCUCUGCGGAAAUCUAUGGCCACCUCAAGCUCAUCUACCCACUUCAGCUACUAGUUAAUGCGAUAACUCUGAACGCGGAGCGCAUCAUGACCGACUACUUCCAUCUCAGACACAUGUCGGGACUCUACUACGCCCCUUCAUCGCAACGGUUGACGACGCUGUUUUACGAAAGCGCAUUUCUCUUCCACGGUGCGAAGGUGCGCUGGUUGAGCAGAAUAGCAAUCCGUGAUGUGCGGCAGAAACUUGAAGGACUUGCUAGGACCGCCGUUCAGAGAGACCUGUUUUCGAACCUUCGACCACUGAUUGCUCACAAUCGGGAUUUCGUGGGCCUGCAAAACUCUUACGCCAACCUGCUGACUCUCUUCAAGAUCCCCUCUCGUUCUCCACCGACUCGACUGAUGACAAAGAUUGAAGAAGCGCACGACCACCUCUCCGAUACUCAGCGAGACAUUCUGCUUUUGACUGAGUUCGUUAUGCUUUGGUCUGGAGUACGCAAGAUAUGCUUGGGUAGUCCGAGCGGAAACGGAGAUCGCCAUGUGCCAUCACCAAAUGUUGAUUCUUCUCUGGCAACUUCGUCUGUGCCUCGCUACAAUACCGAGCAGCUAGCACCUGCUGUUACGCACGUUGUGCCAUGGCAGACUCCUACGUCCCUCUAUCCUCUCGGUACGGCAAUUCCGAUCCACUAUGUCAUUACGUAUUCAGGGCUCCGGAUGGUGUUGCCACGGUUCAGUAGCUGCAAGGUCCUCGGCUUCGACACGAUCCACACAGCCAAAACCCAGGGGAAUCGCUUGGUCGAGUUUCUCAUUCUUGCAAGUGACCACGAGGUGGCAAUUAUCCAUAUAGCUUUGAUGAAUCAGUUGACCCUCAUUUCGAAGGAGCCUUUCGUUGAUAUCAUGCAAAAUGCUUCGAUCUUGAAGGUUGGUGUUGAUGUCGAGUCCCAGGGACAACUAUUGGCGGACGGUCCCUCGAUCGAAUUAGAAGGUGCUGUCGAGCUCUGUGAUUCUCUCAGCUGUGAUGUACCCCCUAGUGCAACAUCCUCGAAAGACCGGCCUGGGAGUAUUAUAUCAUCAAUGGCUGCCCAAGUCUUUGGUUCUCCCUUACCAGCAGUCGACCUUCCACGAGCGCUCCGAGACUUGCUUCUCGGAACAGAAUUUCGUGCUAUUAGGAGGGUUGGAUCAAUCGAGCCCCUCCAUCUUCUUACACAUCUUGCCUCGCGCGCCUACGCCGCAUUGCGACUAUACCGAGCGGCUGCCGAUGGGAAAUUCAAACCAACAUCCAGCUCGUUGGUCCAUUCGAACGUCGAUGAGCCUUCAUUUGGUCCUGUCCUGGUCUACAGGCAAUCGGGGUUAAACGAUGAUGGUUUGCCCAGACAACGAUGGCUGCCUCGCCAACGACUGCUUCAUCUGGCCAGCAUUGCAGAACACUGGGCUACGGCGAUCUUCUGGGCAAGAGUACACACAAAGGAUUUCAAAAAGCUUUCUAGGCGAGAACAGAAGGUCAAACGAGAAAAGGCCAUUAGAAAGUUGACCGCAUACUGCUUGUUCACGACUUUUAACGAGAGAUUGGAUACAAUUCAGCGGUAUAUGGGAAUGCGUUUGGUCGCUACUGAAAUUCUUGCUAUUUCUGACGAUGCCAAGCUUCCCCUGCGCCCGAGAGAUGUUGAACUACUCGACUUUUGGCGAAAGUGGAAGCACGAGGAGAAUGUUCCCCAGAGUGAAGUGCAGGAGAACGUCGAGCCUGGUGUGAAAGCUGCAGCGCACGCUCAUGGUCACAAAAUCAAUGCUGCCUCGCCGAUCUGGGAAUCCAGGUCGGAAGCGCUCCACCAUAUUCGACGGCCCCAGACCCGUACCGUUGUUUCGGACGGUACGCACACGGCUGUUGCAAAACAGAAAGCUGCUGAUACGGUGCAGCACCUGCCACGAUCAACCCACGGUGUGCAUAGGCCGCCACACGACCUCACUGUACGCCCUUCACAAAAGAAAUUCCGUGCCUCUUCGACAAUAUCAAAGAGGAUGUCCCCUGGCACGAGGAACGCAGAGCAAUCCUUGGCCCCUUCCAAGCCAGUCCAGAGUGUCAUUGUUCCACCAAAGCCACGUCUACGCUGUGCGAAUCUGUCUGCCCCCCUUAAGCCGCAGAUACCAAAUUUUGGACAAGGAAUGCCAAUGGGAGAGCGAUGGAAGCAACAGACACAGCGGGGGGCGGGAAAAGGAAACGACCGUUCUUGAAAUUGAAGAGCACUGCAGCCACAGGCGACUCGUCGGAAGGAGCAGGGAGGCCAGCAAAGGCAGGAGGACGAGGAGGAAGGAGAGACAGGGACGACAUCAGGAGUCCAGAAUUUCGACCUUGUGGUUAAAGACCAGGCUGGUUUCUUGAACGCAGUCGUGGACGCAGACAAGUGACGGCAAUGGAAGAGACCAGAAGGGGAGGGCAAAGAGUCAAACCAUCAUGUCCAGGGCCUUCGAACUAGCACUGGAGGCAAAGCGCAAGGAAACAGUCGGAGCUCGAGGCGAGAAGAGCGAGAAUCACUCGAGACCAAAGUCAAGGUCACAGGAAGGGUGAUGCUGGAGAUGAAGAAACUAAGAGGUGGCAACAGUGGAUGCAUUGCCGUCAGUCAUUCCUCGUCUCUCGAACUUUGGACCUCCUGUCCUCCUGCAUCGCACUUCCAGCCUGACCACAAUGCGGUGCCUUUCUCCUUCAAUCGAGAAUCAUGCCAGCGAAGACCAAGUUCCACAUCCCUUACCGGCGUGACUGAGUUCCCUUGUGGAGAAAGGGACGGUCGUCGUAGUUCGGUGGAGACAAUGCAAACCACCUGCGCGCCGGCAAUCCUCUUGCUUUUUUUCCCCUUUCCCGUCAGAUAUCUUACAAAGGUCCCCGUUUUCCAAUCCGGUUUGUGCACAUCCCUAGACGCUAGAUCCUAGAUCCUUGGUAGGUCGACCCGGUAGCAAGCCAGACCGUGGACCGCGAGUUGA